CAUUGUCAAUCACAUUCAAUCCGACUCUCGAGUUAAUCCGGUCUUUUCCGAAAAACAACACGCACAGUCUCGUCACCGUCGCAGUAACAGAACAAAAAAAUCAUCGAAGAAAUGGCAUUCAUCAAGUCUUCAUUGGUCUUAGCCGUUGUGGCAGCCGUCGGCCGUUGCGAACCUGGCGUACUACCCGCCGUCGCCCCAGCCCCAUAUGCCUAUCCAGGACUAUUGCCGUACUCGGCCACGCCUGCGGCUUAUCCUUAUGCCACUUACCCAUUCAGGGCUCCACUAUUACCAGCUGCUUCUCGUGCCGUAGCGGCUCCGCUGCAAGCGUUCCCGGCUCCUGCCGCCCGCUUCGCCGCCGCCCCGUUUCCGGCCACCGCUCCACUCGUUCGCGCAGCAGCACCUUUGCCCGUGGCCGCCGCACCGUUGCCCGUGGCUGCCGCGCCCGCUGUGGCCAAGCUUGACUUCGCGGACUCCUACCCGCAAUACCAAUUCGCGUACACUGUCCGGGACUCGCUGACCGGUGACGCCAAGGACCAGGAAGAAGUACGCGACGGUGACAUAGUCAAAGGCCGUUACAGCCUGAUCGAACCCGACGGCAGCCGCAGGACCGUCAACUAUUACGCCGACGACAUCAACGGAUUCAACGCUGUCGUCCAAAAAGACGUGCCAGUUGUGGCGCCCGCCGUCGCCCCUGCCGUAGUCGUAUAAUGACUGACGCCGCCGCAUACGAUCAUCGCCGCCACUGACUCCGCCGGAAAUAAUCUCUCUCUAUAUAUAUUUAUAUAUAUUGUACGUGUAUUUUUUUAUUUUUAUUAUGUGUGUUUUCUUUUUGUACAUAACUUUUUCCUCACUGUUAUAUUGUAUUAUCUUCUAUAUAUUUCAAAGCAAUAAAUAAAGUUUUUAACUCUUAUUAAA